UUGUUGUUGUUUUGAGCAGCAGCAUCGCGCCAGUUGUUAUUGUUAAUAAGCGAACUUGGUUCAUUUGCUGUCAACAUUUACAUUGCCACUUUUUAAUGUGCGCCGCCCUGUGAUAUUGUAAAGUGAAACUCAAACUCAAAUUAAGCAAAUAAAGUGCGCAACAAAGUGAACACCAAAGCUUACCUCAAAAGGAAAUGUUCUCUGUGCGCUGCCACUGCUAACUGCUAGCUGCUACUGGCGGAGAGGGAGAGGCUCUCCUAGCUGCCUGCUGGCUAUCUAACUGACUAACCCGGCCAGCACUCACGAUGGAUGGGACACCGCUUGGAUUGACUUUCACCAGUCUGUCGUUUAUGCUGCUGCUGCUGCUGCUGCUGGUUUGCGUACUGCUCGGCUGCCACUGCCUGGGACCACGCGCUGCCAGUUGGAUGCGAAUGCGCUCCAACAAGGAGGAGAAGAUUGGCCUGUCCAAGCACAAGCACAAGCUCUUCCAUCCCAAUGGCUACAUGGCCAGCAUUCAAUCUGGCUCUGAGUUUCUGCUGAGCACCAGCGGCAGCUUCAAGCGCUUCGAUACCAUUGAUAAGGACGAUCAGCAGCAGCUGCAACAGCAUGCCCAUCACCAUCAGCAACAUCAUCAGCAACAGUUGCUACUGGGCAAUGGAGGCGACACCAUUAUGACGACAACGACAACAGCAACAACGACGACGACGCCGCUAUGGAAUCUGCCCCAGGCGGAUGUCAGCAUACCACCUCAGCCACUGCGUCCGGCGCCAGCGCCCAAUAGCGCCGGCCCCAGCAGCAAAACGGUCACCUUCUCCUUCAGCCAGAUCAACGAGCUGAGCUCACCAACUACGGAGUGGGUGGGAGCGUCGGCGAUGGAGCCACAGCCACGUUCCUGCAUACGCUCUCCACUGCGUGCAGGUGGGGCUGGUGGUGCGGCAGCUGUGCCACAGCCAUUGGAGGCGCCGCCGCCGCCACGACUUACGACAUCCGCCUCGGUGACACUGUCGUCCACUGCUAUUCCGCGACCCAUUGCCAAAAGGCAGAUCUCGGUGCAGCAGGGCAUCAAUCUCGGGACAGAGGUGACAGAGGCACCACCACCACCACCACCAGCAGCAGAAGAUGAUGUGCAGCUGGUGCAGGAGCGUCGUCCGCCGGCACUGAAGCGUCGCAACUCCAGCACAAAUCCGUUUCUGUGCGAGUCCACGGAGCAGCUGCCACAAGCACAAAGCGAGGUAAAGAUCCAGCCACAGUCGACGCCGCACAAUGGCAAUCCUUUUGUGCAUGGCCAGAGCCAAAGCCAAAGCCAGAGCCAGAGCCAGAGCCUGUCGAGUCGCUUGCUCAAGCUGCACAACACAAACAAUCCGUUUACCGGAUUGACGCAGCGCGUCAAGGGGCCCCACAUGCUGCAGAAGACCAUAUCGGAGGACUAUCUGUUCCGCAAGCUGCCCAAUGGCCACGGAAUAAUGGUAAGCAACGCCAACGCCAACGCCAACGGCAAUGGGUAUGGGAAUGGGAAUGGAAGUGGCAACGUUAACGGCAAUGGCAAUUCGACUUGGUGCUUUGGACGCUCGCUGCUGCGUCAGGAGUCGAGCAUUAGCCUGGGAUUGGGCAGACGCAACAGCUCGCAAAUGUCGCUGGAUGGCUCAAUGGAAGGCAUCAAUCUGGAGCGGGCAAUCUCAUGUGAUUCGGUCAACUCAGAUGCGUCCUCGCUGUGCCUGGAUCAACUCGAUCAGCCCUACACCCAAAUCACCGGCUACCUCUGCGUUGGCCUGCAGUUUGAGAAGAACAGCAGCUGUCCGAGCGAGGAGCAGCUGGAACUGACGGUGAGCAUACUGGAGGCUAAGGGACUCAUCUGUCCGCACAGCAUGGGCCUUGACUCACUGGACACAUUCGUUCGGAUCUACCUGGUGCCCGACCAUGCAGGUGGUAUGCAGACAAAGGUGGUAAAGGCCACGUUGACUCCAGCCUACAAUGAGAGCUUCAACUUCCGUCUGAAGCGACUGGCGGGCCGGCACUCGCUUUGGUUCCACCUGUACCACAAUGGGCCCGCCCACACCCUGAUUGGCGAGGCGGAGAUGGAAAUUGGCGAGAUGGCGCGUCCGAUAACCACCUGGAUACCAUUGUCCGAUUCGCGCAAAUGCAACGCUCGUUGGGGUGAGCUGAUGUUUUCGCUGAGCUAUCUGCCCACAGCGGAGCGCCUCACCAUAGUCGUCGUUAAGGCGCGCAAUCUCAAGCUGGAGCUGGAUGCCCCGACGGAGCAGCUGUCGCAAGGACACUCACCCUCUGCCGGCGCAAUGCAGCAUGUUUUUGUCAAGGUCUAUUUGAUGAACAACGAGAAGAAGGUGUUGAAAAAGCGCACCUCGCUGAAACGCAAGGAUCGCUGCCCCAUUUUCAACGAGUCGAUGAUAUUUAGUGUGCCGCCCCAGGGUCUGACCACAGUCCAGCUGCGGCUCACAGUCUUUGGCGUCACGGAGAAUGGGAUUGUGCCUCUAGGCCAUGUCCUUGCCGGCAGCUGUGCGGUCGGCAAGGGUCUGCGCCACUGGCACCAAAUGCUCUCCUCCCUGCGAAAGCCGGUGGCCAUGUGGCAUGUGCUCCGACGCGCCGCCAAUCAACCCAUUUUCAUUGGUGGCGCCGAGGCUGUCGUUGCCGCCAUGCAAAGCACCUUGCAGAGGGCCAGCGCUAAGCGCAACAGCAUCGUCUAAACUCCACAGUUGACCAUGGUUUGGCAGAGUGUGUUGCAGUUCAAAUUGGAUUUGAAGCAUUGUUGCGACCCUAAUCGCAUUUUGAUACAAUUUCCAGCUGGGUUCCAGCUGACACACGUCCCAGCAGUGGUCGCUUGAUAAUUACAGCU